UGAGUCCUCUAUCUAUCUCUAUGGUUGGUCCAUGAACGUUACUAUCAACGCGGCUGCAAAUUGAAGAUGGCGGACUUGUUGGGGACUGUGCCGUCUGCUGAAAAAGAAACCGAAAAUAAGGACAAGAUGGAGAAACGGCCAUGGGAUGAAAUACCAAGGUCAGGGGAAAUCGGUAAAACUCCAGAUCUGGCGGAAACAUUGGGCUUUUACGAUAUAAAUGCUGUCAGACGGGAGCAACGUGAACGUGAUAACUCAGAUCCGUCGCUGGCUCGCUUCAUGUGUGCUGAGCUGACCCGGGGCUACUUCCUGGAGCACAACGAAGCAAAAUACACAGAGCGCAGAGAGCGAGUGUACACAUGCAUGCGCAUUCCCAGAGAACUGGAAAAGCUGAUGAUCUUUGGCUUCUUCCUGUGUUUGGAUGCCUUCCUCUACGUGUUCACGCUGCUUCCCCUCCGGGUGCUGCUGGCCCUGCUACACCUCCUCACCCUGCCCUGCUGCAGCCUCGGUGGCUCACGCCUGCUGCAGCCGGCCCAGGUGUGUGACAUCUUGAAGGGACUGAUAAUGGUGCUGUGCUACUCCAUGAUGCACUACGUGGACUACAGCAUGAUGUACCACCUGAUCCGGGGACAGUCCGUCAUCAAACUCUACAUCAUCUACAACAUGCUGGAGGUAGCCGACAGGCUGUUCUCGUCGUUUGGCCAAGACAUCCUUGACGCUCUCUACUGGACGGCCACAGAGCCCAAAGAGAGGAAGAGAGACAGCAUAGGAGUCAUCCCCCACUUCCUCAUGGCUGUAUUCUACGUCUUCCUGCAUGCCAUCCUCAUCAUGGUCCAGGCGUCAACGCUCAACGUGGCUUUCAACUCUCACAAUAAGUCUCUGCUCACCAUCAUGAUGUCCAACAACUUUGUGGAGAUCAAAGGAAGUGUGUUCAAGAAGUUUGAGAAGAACAACCUCUUUCAGAUGUCCAACAGUGAUAUCAAGGAACGGUUCACCAGCUACGUACUCCUUCUCAUCGUCUGCCUCAGGAACAUGGAGCAGUUCUCAUGGAGCCCAGAUCAUCUCUGGGUGUUGUUACCUGAUGUCUUCAUGGUGAUCGCCUCCGAGAUCGCAGUGGACGUCAUCAAACACGCCUUCAUCACCAAGUUCAACGAGAUCACGGCAGAUGUAUACAGUGAAUACAGAGCCAGCCUGGCCUUCGAUCUCGUCAGCUGUCGGCAGAAAAACGCCUGCACAGACUACAGCGAUUCCGUAGCCAGGAGAAUGGGCUUCAUUCCUCUUCCUCUUGCAGUCCUGCUAAUCCGAGUGGUGAUGAGUUCAGUGAAUGUACAGGGAGCCCUGUCCUACUCCUGUGUGUUCCUCUUUUACAUGGGAAUGGUGACCCUGAAAGUGCUUAACAGUAUUGUGCUGCUGGGGAAGUCGUGUGUGUACGUGAAGAGAGCCAACAUGGAGGACAAGCUGUUUGAAAAGCCCCCCACAGCCGUCCCCGGGAAGACGCCCAGUCGAACCAGCAAGACAUCCAGGUGUACUGCCCCCUCAGGUGAUCUGUCAGGGGAUCCGUGGUCUGAGCGGUCUCCAUCCACUCCUUCCUGCACCUCCAUCCCCCCCUCCUCCUCUGUCACCACCCAGCCUACUCCCACCGUCAUCCCCACCCCACAGGCAGAGACUGUGGCCACUCCCACCACUUCCCCCACCACCACCCCAACCAGACCCUCCACCAGCCCAGAACCGGACCCUGACACCCUCACCCCCUCGCCCCCUGCCACUCCCGAGCAGAAGGAGGGGGAUGGGACAGAGGGCACAGAGCUCAAGCACAGGACCCCUAAAAAGGACCUGCUGGACGUAGACCGCUUCACGAUAUGCGGAAACCGCAUUGAUUGACCCCUCUGAGCCCUUCCAUUGACCUUUGACCCCCCCCCCUUCCCCCGAUAGCCUCUCAGGAGAGGCGGUGAGCAAGACGCACCUCAGCACUUCUGCUCUCUUAGCGAAAUCCAGUGGAAGCAGUGUAUAUUUAUUAAGUUAGACAUACAGUAAGUUAUUGUGGACUCUGGGACAUGCUGUUUAAUUUAAGUUGACUUGCUGUUUUUCGUCUGCUGGGUUUGGGGCUCGACAAAGAGAACUACAGUUGGUUGAGCAACCGAAGACUGCCAGAGGAAUUGUUGUUUUCAUGACAACCUAGUUGUCUGUACCAAUGAUGUAUAUAAACCCUGGAUUGCUUUAUAUUGGCCAUUGAGAAGCUUUGAAGCCACCGGUCGGCCAUAUUCGCACUCCCCAGUAUUACAAUUCAAUGUUUCAAGGACAAAAUAACAUUUAUAUAAGUGUUUUGUUGUUAUAGUGGGGACAAUUACAUUUAGUAGUAAAAAUAAAUGUUUUAAUAGUAUAAUAUAAAUACAAGUAUGCAUUAAGAUGUCUAAUAGAAUAAAUGUGUAAAAAAAACGAAUGAAGACAUUAAUACAUUUCUAUAGCUUCUAAAAUCUAUUUUACAAUGGAGGAGGAGUACCAAGAUGGCUGCACGAUGGCUUCAGUACAGCACCCCAUUCCAGUCAUCCAGGAUGCUAGAUACACUGUGUGUGUGUGUGUGUGUGUGUGUGUGUGUGUGUGUGUGUGUGUGUGUGUGUGUGUGUGUGUGUGUGUGUGUGUGUGUGUGUGUGUGUGUGUGUGUGUGUGUGUGUGUGUGUGUGUGUGUG